AUGAAACGCCUUAAGCUGUCUCCCAAUGGCAGUUCCACUACCUCGAAACCCUCCGCACUGGUAGCAGAUUUAGCAGAACAACUCGACGCGCAAGAGAGGAAUAAGUACAUCAAAGGGAAGAAGCUCGGAUCCGGACAAUACGCCGAUGUCUUCUCUGCCCACCUCGUCACCGAUCCCACCCAGCUCGUCGCCAUCAAGAAGAUCAAGGUCGGCGCGGAAGUCAAAGAGUUUGGGAUAUCAUACGACUGUCUCCGAGAAAUUCGGUUUCUCCAAGAACUCGACCAUCCCAACAUCAUCAAGCUCUACUCCGUCUUCAGCACGAAGAACCAGAAUCUCAACCUCGUCUUGGAGCAGUUACCUCAGGGAGAUCUAUUGCAGUUGAUUCAGAACACCCAAGGCAUUCAAUAUACACCCGCGGACGUGAAGUCGUGGAUGCUCAUGCUUCAACGCGCGGUCUGGUUCUGUCAUGCGAACCAUGUGUUGCAUCGAGAUAUCAAGCCAAACAAUUUGUUGAUUGCAGCGAAUGGAGAGAUCAAAUUGGCAGAUUUUGGUCUUGCGCGGAGCUUUGCGGAUCCAUACCAGCCGAUGACAUACAACACCAUUACGAUUUGGUAUCGUCCGCCGGAGCUCUUCUACCAAGCACAGUACUACGGCGGCGUGGUGGACAUCUGGAGUUGCGGUUGCGUGUUUGCGGAGUUGGUUGCAAGAGAGGUGUUAUUCCGCGCCUGGCCGGAAAGUGAAAUCAAUAUGGUCAAAUUGAUAUGUGAGAAAGUUGGCACGCCGACGGAAGACAACUGGCCAGGCGUGAGUAAACUGAAAGGAUACGUGGUGGCCGAUGAACAAUUUCCUGUCCGAGGGAAGGAUUACUGGGCGGCGCAUUUCCGGACGAUUGGAGAGCAAGGCGUGGAUUUGUUGAUGGGAAUGUUGACGUUGGAUCCGCGGAAGCGUUUGGAUGCGGAAGCGGUGCUGAGGCAUGGAUACUGGACAAGUGAGCCAAGGCCAAGUCGAUUGGAGGAUUUGCCAAAGAAGGGAGGAGGCUUGGAGAAGGUGGGAGAGGAUUUGAAGAGGAGAGGUGGGGAGGUGCCAGCCAAGGGAAAAGGGGAUGGAGUGGCGAGGAAGAUCAACUUCGGCGGCAAGUGA